GCUUCCGGCUGCGGGCGGCGGCUCCCGCGCGGCUCCCCCGUGCGCCGCCGCCCUUGGUGCGGCCCGAGGCGGAAGCGGCGGGGACGCGGCCGCUCGGGGACGCCGCGAUGGCUGCGGGCGUGCCCUGCGCGCUCGUCACCAGCUGCUGCCCCGCGUUCCCCGGGGACCGCCUGGUCCAGCAUAUCCUUGGGACUGAAGAUCUCGUGGUGGAAGCGACGGCUGACGAUGCUGUGAGGCUAUACCCCUGGACCAUUGAUAACAAGUACUAUACUGCGGAUAUCAAUCUGUGUGUGGUGCCAAACAAGUGUCUUGUCACCCCCGAGAUCGCAGAGUCUGUCCAAGCCUUUGUCAUCUACUUUGACAGCACACAGAAGUCUGGUCUUGAUAGCGUCUCCUCGUGGCUUCCCCUGGCUGAAGCAUGGUUACCUGAGGUCAUGAUCUUGGUCUGUGAUCGAGUGUGUGAGAACGGUGUAACCCGACAGAAAGCUCAGGAGUGGUGUAUCGACCAUAGCUUCGAGCUGGUGGAACUUAGCCCUGAGGAGCUGCCCGAGGAGGACGAUGAUUUCCCAGAAUCUACAGGAGUGAAGCGAAUCAUACAAGCCUUGAAUGCCAAUGUGUGGUCCAAUGUAGUGAUGAAGAAUGAUCGGAAUCAAGGCUUUAGCCUUCUCAGCUCAUUGGCCGGCGCCCACCCUAGCGUCGGGAUUGCAGAAAGGGCACGCUCCGAGCAGUGCACGCCAGCAGCAGAUGGGACCGAAACCCUUGGGGAUCACCCGGGCAGUGCGGCCGACGCGGCAGAUCCUCAGGUGGACAGCCUGGCUGACCCCAUGUUAGAUCUGGACAUUCAGGAACUCGCUAGUCUUACUGCGGGUGGAGCGGACGUGGAGAACUUUGAGCGACUGUUCUCGAAGCUCAAGGAGAUGAAAGACAAGGCUGCGACGCUUCCUCACGAGCAAAGAAAAGUGCAUGCAGAGAAGGUGGCCACAGCGUUCUGGAUGGCCAUCGGGGGAGACAGAGAUGAGAUCGAAGGCCUUUCCUCCGAUGAAGAACACUGAGCCACUCCCUCACCUGCGGGUCUGGCCAGCAGAGACACCGGCUCUGCCAGAGACAUUUCCAUCCUCGGCCUGGUUAGAACCUGCUGACAGUCCCCACAUCAUCGUGGUAGCCAUCUGCCUUGGUUUGUAGCCAAGGGUUCCCUUAAAGUUAGUUUGUAGGAGGGGGUUCGGGCUUAGUCCCCUCAGUCCAUCGUAAGGGAGUGACGACUCUCAGGGCAACAAGGAGUGAAAUGGUUUCAAGUCAACUGACUGGUUCCAGGCACUGGACAAGGCUGAGGUCUGCAGUUUCCCCGAGUGAGGGAAGAAGCACCAGCCACCCCGCGUAGCCCCCACUCAGCUCACAGUUCCCCCUGAACAGUGGGAGCUGGGCCUGGCCAGGAGCCUUCCCUGAGCCUGUGAUGGAGGAGAGAAGACGGUGGCUGUCUCACGCGUGCUGUAGUGUGUGCUGGCGCCAGAGGCAGCAGCCUUCAGCUUUGGCUCCAGCUAGACAGGUGCUUCUGGCGGUUCAUUUUUGAAAUACCGAGUCUGAGCUCGUGCUAAGUGGAGAAACCAGUGUGAGUGUUAAUUCUAGCUCAUAAUAAACAAAGCAAUAGGCCCUGCUCCAGUAGGGCUCCAG